UGAAUUUAAGGAAGAGAGGAAGCUAAGCGAGGGGGAUUAUCAAUAUGAAGAGCUUUUAGGUAUUCUCUAUAACGCACUGAAAAAGGAACAUCCCAAUCUUUGGGAACAACAGAAUACUAAAAUGCGGAUCCCUGCUGUCUGUGCAGUCAAAGAAGCAAGAAAAACGGUUUUGCUCAACUUCACAGAUAUCUGUAAAGCAAUUCACAGACCUCCUAAACACGUCCUGGACUUCUUAUUCAGCGAAUGUGCGACAAGCGGUUCAGUUGACGUCAAAAACAGAGUUUGUCUUAAAGGAAACUUCAAACCCACAGGGCUCCAGAAAGUCGUUACAAAUUACGUCAAGGAAUACGUCAUGUGUGCCUCCUGUAAAUCAUUUAAUUCACUUCUUAUUCGGGAAACACGCCUAAACUUUGUUCAAUGCGAGGGGUGCGGAUCCAGACGGGCGGUGAAUGCUGUAAAAUCAGGCUUUCGAGCAGUUACCUCUCGAGACAGACAUCGAUAGAUGUCCCACAAAUAUACAACAAUUAAUAUUGAUUAUCUGAUGUUAUGUGUACAUUAUUGCCCGCUUUUGUAGAUACAGAUCUUAUUU